AUGGGCAAUCAAUACCCACAACAGCAAGGUCAACCUGGGAUGUAUCAAGCUUCAGAUGGGAAAUGGUAUCCUGUCAGUGCGAUGCCUCAAGGACAUCAACACGGAGGAGGGUUCUAUGGACAAUACGGCCAACAACCACCUAUGGCACCGGGUCCACAGCCGGUAUACAUCAAACAACAAAGUGGGGGAGGCGGUGGUGGAGCGGCUUGUGCAUGCUGCGCCGGUAUAUGCGCAGCUAUGACUGGUUUAUGUUGUCUGGACUUGUGUCUUUUCUAA